AUGGCUUCCCCCUGGCUUCUCACCUUUGUCAAAGCCUCCACCAUUUGCCCUAGUGUUUUGGAACAGGAGUGGUUAUUUGAAUCAGAGGGGCAGAAGAGAAAAGAGCAUUUGGCCAGAGGUGAUACAUGCCGUGACUGCUUCAUCCAAUCUAGGGCAGCUUACUACCCGGAUUCUGAUACACAAGGAACAGAGUCUGGUGCAUGCGAGUAUGGCACUUUUGGAGCAACACUUAAUGGCGGGGAUGUUUCAGCAGCAUCUAAGCUUUAUCGAAACGGUGUGGGUUGUGGUGCAUGCUAUCAGGUGAGAUGUAUCAAUGCCAAAUUCUGCUCAAACAACGGUGUUACAAUAGUUAUUACAGAUUUGGGUGCAAGUGGCGAUACUGAUUUUAUUCUUAGCCAGCAUGCCUUUGCUAGGAUGGGCCAAAAUGCUGAUGCAGGUACAUCCCUUUUAUCUCUCGGUUUCAUCGGCAUCGAAUAUCGGAGGGUUUCUUGCAGCUACACAAACAGGAACAUUGCCUUCAAGAUUGAUGAGAGCAGCAACUACCCUUACUACUUUGCUUUUCAAAUUUGGUAUCUUCAAGGGAACAAGGAUAUAAUAGCAGUUCAGUUGUGUGAGACUGAAAAAUUAACAUGUAAGUUGUUGGAGAGAAGCCAUGGAGCAGUGUGGGCAGUGGCAUCUCCACCAAGUGGAACUCUCUCUGUGAGGAUGCUACUGAGUGGAAGCGAUGACGGAGAUGAAUCAUGGGUCGUGCCUCCCAAUAAUAUACCGCAAAAUUGGACUUCUGGAGUCAUAUAUGAUUCUGGAAUACAAGUUUAAUGGCAACUACGGCAGUAUUAGCUAGAUGCUUUUAACACCUUAUAACAAUUGAUAUCUUAUUUAUUCGAUAGUUGCUCGCAAAUUAUCAAAAGAAUUCAAAGGGAAAAAACAAAUUCAAAUAUCAAAAGUAUGAAAUGUAUUGUCUUGUAUCAAGGGAAAAGGGGUCCAGAAUCACUUGCCUUCUUGAUGUUGCCAUGUUAACCUCUCAUGUAUAGCUAGAGAGUGCUGGAGGGAAACACAACGAACAAGAGAGCAGAUAUCUUUAGUUAAGUCAACAAAGUUUCAUCCCUACCAAAUAAGAAAAGCACAAAUUGAUUAGGAAGUUUAUGUUAACUCU